GUAUUUACUUUGUGUUUUGGUGCGAGGACUGUAUACAUGUAGUUGGCCGAUCCCAUACCCGGGAUUCAGUACUUUCCAGCCCUGGAUUCUCGUGCAAGUGUAGAUAAGGGCUCGGGACUUUACCCCAAUUCCUCUGAAUGAAGAGAUAAUGCCAUGCCAACUCAUUUUUAAGCACGUAGAUGUUGUCCAAAGAUGUCAACGUCUGUUAGCGUAUCCCCAAACUACCCAAUGUAGCCUAGGACAACGGACUUUAGGGUACCCAAGCUCCGUGGCAUGAUAUCAUCGGAGCGUGAAAUGAGUAAUACACUAUUCAAAGAAAUUUGUUCAAACUCCAUUCCCACAUGUUCCACUGCUCUCGCGACAAUCAACAAACUACCCUGUCCUCCGAAGUCAUCGGUGUACCCUUAUCGUCAAUUCUUCAUGGCAUCUCAAUCGAGCAUAAUCUGGCCGGACCACUUCCUCCCCGGCACAACAGACAAUUUCGUCUCCAAUGAAACAAUCGCCCGGGGAAUCUCAGCAAGCCAGAUCUGGAGUUUGCUAUCAGACAUCUCAAAAUGGGAGACUUACUACAAAAACUGCGCCCAAAUCACCGCUCCAGACUCCGGCCCCACCCUACAAAAAGGAAACAUGUUCAAAUUCAGCACCUUCGGUUUCCCCCCGCUCACAUGCACCGUAGAAGAAUACGUUGAGCCAGCCAGAAACACACCCGGACGAAUUGCUUGGUCCAGCAAGACAGAUGAGGGGUUGGAGAUCUACCAUGCUUGGGUUGUUGAAGAUAUCGAGAAGGACCGGGUUAGAAUCCUUACGCAGGAGAGUCAAAUUGGGCCGAUAUUCGAUAAGUGGGCGAUGGAGAAACCGAAUAAGAUGCUUCUAGGGCAUCAGGAUUGGUUGGAUGGAUUGGUGCAUGCGGCGAGGGGUGAGGAGGUGGGAUAUACGAAUUUGGAGAGUGUGAAUUUCCCUGUGAGAACGCCGCAUCUUUCCGAAUACUAG